CUUUCACAGAUCCAGACUAACACGGCUACCCCUCUGAAUCUUUAGCAAAUGUUUUUUUCCAAUGCAAUUUAGGAAGCCCAUGAAACGUUCAAUGAGUGGUUUAAACACAUGAACGCAGCUCCACAGAAGCCUACUUUGCUGCUACAAGCAAGCCUCAUUGAGGAAGUCACCCAUGAACAUAAAGAGAAGAAGUAUGAGAUGGAUUAUGGUAUUUGGAAAGGUCUUUUGGAUGCUGUAACAGCUGAUGUGAAAGAGAAAAUGUACAAUGUCUUGCUAUUUGUUGAUGGAGGAUGGAUGGUUGAUGUCAGAGAGGAUGCUGAAGAUGACCCUGAACGAACACAUCAGAUGAUCUUGUUGCGAAAACUGUGCCUGCCUAUGAUUUGCUUUCUUCUUCAUACGGUUUUACACAGCACCAGACAGUACCAGGAAUGCCUGAGACUAGCUGAUGUGGUUGCUUCAGAGCGACACAAGCUCUAUGUGGUGAGACAGAGCUCAAAACCACUUAUUUAUUUGCAUUUUAAAUCUAAUGUAAAGAAAUCCACAAUUGCUUAGUAUAGUUAAAACUACUGAGUGUGUCUUUGUAAAUGAAGUCAUGAAGCUACAGUUAGAAAAACAAACACUAGGUCAUACUGUUU